AUGAUUCGAAGAGAGAAUAAGCGUGAGAAGGACGGCACGAGUGCUAUAAAGCAGAAACGCAAAGAGUAUAGGAACAAGGUGCUGUUGUUGAAUGAUAUCCUGACGAAUACGUUGGAUGAUGGAACUCGAGUCGGACUAGCGCAUUUGAAGCGUCCUCAGGCCAAGUGUGCUGCACUGGUUGAUGAUUUCGAGAAGAAGUCCUUUGCAGUAGGAAUGUUCAAGCGUCGAGAGCUUCUGAAUGUCGAAUUUGAUCCGGAAAAUGAAUUGAUACGUGAUUAUAUUCACAGAGUUGAGGCUAUUCGGCAGGAAUUAACGCUGAUGCAUGAGGAAGUUUCGGAUAGAGAAGUGUUAACUGCUCUAUUGACUGGUCUUGGUGAUACUUAUGAGAGUAUGGUUUAG